AUGAAAACUGUAAGUGUGGCUCUAGUUUUAUGUCUCAAUGUUGGAGUGGACCCCCCUGAUGUAGUCAAGACUUCACCCUGUGCCAGACUAGAGUGCUGGAUAGACCCUUUGUCUAUGAGUCCACAGAAAGCCCUGGAGAUGAUAGGGGCCAACCUGCAGAAACAGUAUGAGAACUGGCAGCCCAGGGCCCGCUAUAAGCAGAGUUUGGACCCUACAGUUGAUGAGGUGAAGAAGUUGUGCACUUCACUACGGAGAAAUGCCAAAGAGGAACGUGUUCUCUUUCAUUAUAAUGGCCAUGGGGUGCCUCGACCCACCGUUAAUGGAGAGAUUUGGGUCUUCAAUAAGAACUAUACCCAGUACAUCCCUCUGUCCAUCUAUGACCUACAGACAUGGAUGGGAAGUCCCUCCAUCUUUGUGUAUGACUGCUCUAACGCUGGGAUCAUUGUCAAGUCAUUCAAACAGUUUGCAUUGCAGAGGGAGCAGGAGCUGGAGGUGGCAGCAAUAAACCCAAACCACCCGCUGGCUCAGAUGCCCCUGCCUCCCUCCAUGAAAAACUGCAUUCAGUUGGCCGCCUGUGAGGCCAGUGAGCUCCUGCCCAUGAACCCUGACCUCCCUGCUGACCUCUUCACCUCCUGUCUCACUACACCAAUCAAAAUCGCCUUACGUUGGUUCUGUAUGCAGAAGAGUGCAAAGCUGGUGCCAGGAGUGACCUUGGACUUGAUUGAGAAGAUCCCCGGCAGACUGAAUGACAGAAGGACACCAUUAGGAGAGCUGAACUGGAUUUUCACAGCUAUUACUGACACUAUUGCAUGGAACGUCCUGCCGAGAGAUCUCUUUCAGAAAUUAUUUCGUCAGGAUCUUUUGGUGGCCAGUCUAUUUCGUAAUUUCCUAUUGGCUGAGAGAAUUAUGAGGUCAUAUAACUGUACACCAGUCAGCAGCCCCAGGUUGCCACCUACAUACAUGCACGCUAUGUGGCAAGCAUGGGACCUUGCGGUGGACAUCUGCCUCUCCCAGCUUCCCACCAUCAUUGAGGAGGGCACAGCCUUCAGGCAUAGUCCAUUCUUCGCUGAGCAGCUGACAGCCUUUCAGGUGUGGCUGACAAUGGGCGUGGAGAACAGAAACCCACCGGAGCAGCUGCCUAUUGUCCUGCAGGUCCUUCUGAGUCAGGUACACAGACUGAGAGCACUAGAUUUGCUGGGGAGAUUUCUGGACCUGGGUCCUUGGGCCGUCAGUUUGGCACUUUCAGUGGGGAUUUUUCCAUACGUCUUGAAACUGUUGCAGAGUUCAGCGAGAGAGCUCAGGCCUCUUUUGGUCUUCAUCUGGGCAAAGAUCUUAGCUGUAGAUAGUUCAUGCCAAGCUGAUCUUGUAAAAGACAAUGGGCACAAGUACUUCUUGUCGGUGCUGGCUGACCCGUACAUGCCCGCUGAGCAUCGAACUAUGGCUGUCUUUAUACUUGCUGUCAUUGUCAACAACUACAACACAGGACAGGAGGCAUGUCUGCAGGGUAACCUGAUUGCAAUCUGUCUGGAGCAGCUCAACGACCCUCACCCUCUCCUGAGGCAGUGGGUGGCAAUCUGUCUGGGCAGAAUCUGGCAGAACUUUGAUUCUGCACGCUGGUGUGGAGUUCGAGAUAGUGCCCAUGAGAAGCUCUACAGUCUCCUGUCUGAUCCCAUACCAGAGGUGCGGUGUGCAGCUGUGUUUGCGUUGGGUACGUUUGUGGGGAAUUCUGCUGAGAGAACAGAUCAUUCUACCACCAUUGAUCAUAAUGUUGCCAUGAUGCUAGCACAACUCAUUAAUGAUGGAAGUCCCAUCGUGAGGAAGGAGCUGGUUGUUGCUCUUAGUCACCUAGUGGUGCAGUAUGAGAGUAAUUUCUGUACUGUGGCUCUGCAGUUCAUGGAGGAAGAGAAGAACUAUGCUGUGCCUUCACCUGCAAAUUCCACAGAGACAGGGAAUGUUACACCGGGCAGGGACAGUCCCGCCAUCCCUCGUUUAAGAUCAGUGAACUCCUACACAAACCUUAGAGCUGCCACCACCUCUCGAACCCUCAAUAAGAGCCUUCAGAACCUCAACCUCAACGAGGAGGGUGGUCCAGCAGCAUUCUCUCCAGGGAACCUGAGCACCAGUAGCAGUGCCAGCAGUACUUUGGGCAGCCCUGAUAAUGAUGAAUACCUACUUUCCUUUGAAACCAUCGACAAGAUGAGGAGAGUCAGCUCAUACUCUUCCUUAAAUUCUCUUAUUGGAGUGUCUUUUAACAGUGUAUAUACACAGAUUUGGAGGGUGUUACUGCAUCUAGCAGCUGAUCCAUUUCCAGACGUCUCUGAUCUAGCCAUGAAGGUUCUCAACAGCAUCGCAUACAAGGCCACCAUGAAUGCUCGCACACAGAGGAUUCUGGACUCAGGAUCUCUGACCCAAUCAGCGCCUGCCAGCCCCACCAGCAAAGGAACACUUAUACAUCAAGCAGGUGCUUCCCACAGAUCCAAACGCUCUUCAUCUCCCUCCAGCGGAUCUCCUCCCAUGCCCGGUGCCUCCAGCUCCAGCCUCACCAAUGAAGUGCCCAAACCGCCGGUCCGGGAGGCGCCGCCUGCUCGGCCACCAUACACACCGACUCUGGGUGGUCAGGCGCCCCACUCACAGCAGUUCCCACGCACCAGAAAGAUGUUUGACAAGGGCCCUGAUCAGGCUUCUGAGGAUGGAGAUGAGACAGCUGCUCACAGGAGCUUCAUCAGUGUGAAUCUGCAGACAGGUCUUUGUGACUGGAGUGCCAAAUAUUUCGCUCAGCCAGUCAUGAAGAUUCCAGAAGAGCAUGAUUUGGAGAGUCAGGUUCAUAAGGAGAGGGAGUGGAGAUUCUUACGUAACGCUCGUGUACGCCGACAAAGCCAACACAUCACUCAGAAAGGAGUGACAAGGUUAGAUGAUCAGAUCUUCAUUAAUAGAAACCCAGGAGUGCCAUCAGUGGUGAAGUUUCAUCCAUUUAACCCCUGCAUUGCUGUAGCUGACAAAGACUCAAUCUGUUUUUGGGACUGGGAAAAAGGCGAGAGGUUGGAUUAUUUCUACAAUGGGAACCCACGGUACACACGUAUCACAUCCAUGGAGUAUCUUAAUGGGCAUGACUGUUCUCUCCUCCUCACUGCUACUGAUGACGGAGCAUUGCGUAUUUGGAAGAACUUUGCUGACCAGAGGAAUCCAGAGAUGGUCACAGCAUGGCAGGGACUAUCCGACAUGCUGCCCACCACACGAGGUUUGGCCCGACGGGUCUCAAUCUAUCUUGACAGAAGUAAGCAGGGAGGUGCAGGUAUGGUGGUGGACUGGGAGCAGGAGACUGGCCUCCUGAUGACGUCAGGUGACGUUCGAGUCAUACGGAUCUGGGACACAGAAAGAGAAAUGAAAGUGCAGGACAUCCCAACAGGAGCAGACAGCUGUGUGACCAGCCUGUCAUGUGAUCCUCAGCGGUCACUUGUAGCUGCAGGUCUUGGAGACGGAUCUGUUCGGGUGUACGACCGCAGAAUGGGACCUAAUGAAUGCCGUGUGAUGACGUAUAGGGAACAUGGUGCUUGGGUAGUGAAGGCACACUUGCAGAAGGAGCCCGAAGGACAUAUUAUCAGUGUCAGUGUGAAUGGGGAUGUGCGUUUUUUUGACCCACGGAUGCCAGAAUCAAUCAACAUCUUGCAGACAGUGAAAGGACUGACAGCUUUGGACAUCCAUCCACAGGCAAACCUAUUCGCUUGUGGCUCUAUGAAUCAGUUUAUAGCUGUGUAUAACUCCAAUGGGGAUGUGAUCAGCAACAUUAAAUACUAUGAUGGUUUCAUGGGGCAGAGGAUCGGAGCCAUCAGCUGCCUGGCCUUCCACCCUUACUGGCCUCAUCUGGCCGUGGGCAGUAAUGACUACUACAUGUCCAUCUACUCUGCAGAGAAGAGACUCAGCAGAUAACAUCAUGACCUCUCACCUUUAACCAUUGCUGCCCCGCCCUUCCCCCUGGAUGUAAAUUACUUCCUGUACAUAUGCAACAACCAUGAUGAAUGUCUAAAGAAGGCUGCUGAACCCACACAUAAUGACUAUAUUAGUAUCAUUAUUAUUUUCAAGAUAAUUCUCAUUAUGGAUUUAUUGAUUGUACACUUGGCUGGGCAAAGGAGUGUAAAUUAUUAAAAUGCAUAUAAAGAUCUUAAAACUUUAUGGUUUGGCCGAUGCUGGCCGGGUUUGACUGUCUUGGAACUGUUAACCUCAUUACAUUCAAAGCCCUAGAGUCUGAUAGAUCGACCUAAAAACAAGAGACUAUGAAGAUGACAAACUUCCAGAAGCUGGGUGUUCCAGGCUGACCGUUGAAGGCCUGUUGCUCAGUGGGUUCUCUCUGAAACCACAUGCCUCUUCAUAUCUCUGCUGAAGUACGGUUGGAUAUGCUCUUCUUCUUGUGUGAAGAAAUAGAAAACCGAUGCAGCACUCCUCCUCGCCAAUCACAACCUUCCCUGCACAUCCCUGCUUAACAUGUUUACACACGGUGCCAAACCCCCUUCACAUCAACUCUUUUUUGGACUGUAUGUACACAGAUGCUGCAUUACACCUCAACAACAGCACUGAAUCUUAAAGCACUGGACAGGGACAAUAGGGAUAACCCGUCAUUUGCAUCCACACUAAGCAAAGGUUCUUUAGCUCAAAUAAUCAGGAUUUAGAUUUGUAGUCAGAAAUGUAAAAAUAAGAAGAGAGAUUAAGUUUUUGCUACAUGGGCAUUACAAUAACAUCAAGGUUCAAUUCAAGAGUCAUAUGUAACAGUUCUGUUCUCUCGGUACACACACAGCCCCCUAUUUGAUUAUGCCAGAGCUUCAGUUUUAAUCUGGAAAUGCCACACUACCUACUUUUGCAGCGCCAAAACUUUAGUUUUCUUGGUCAUCAUCGCCUUCAUCAUUUACUCCUCCCCAUCUUCUGAGGACACUGCUCUUUCCAGAGGUUCUUCGGGUAACUCAUUUGGUCAUAAAAAUCAUAUGAUCUCAAUUGUAAUUUUUCCUUAAUGAAAAUUGAGUGCAGUUGACAGAACAGAAAACAAACUAUUUCAUAUUUUUAGCCUAUCUUGUUGCAGUUUGUUUGACCUGAUAUGUUUCCACUUUCACUUUCUCUGUCACUCCAUGAAUGUCUAAUCUCUUAGUUAAACAUAGAGCAGUGGUUUUCAAUCCUGGUGCUGAGUACUCAAUGCUCUGCACAUUUUAUGUCUCCCUUAUAUAUCACACUUGAUUCAGAUCAUCAGCUCAUUAGGUGCGGGAUCUAUGAACUGAAUAUAAGAUAAGAGAGACACAAAAUGUGCAGAGCGGUGGGUCCCCAGGACCAAGACUGAAAACCACUGGCAUAGCGGCACAGCAUUAUGUGGAAUCAAAUACAAGUAUCAUGUCUUUCUUAUAGUAGCACUUUAUGUACUCAUAAAAUCUGAUUUUGUCCUGUGCUGCUGAUAGCUUUAGUCCUUUAUCAGUUUGCACAAGAAUGAAAAUGAAAGUGUUUGCUAAAAGCCUAUAGUGGUAGUUCACCCAAAUGCGAAAAUGUUAUCAUUUACUCACCCGCAUGUCGUCCGUAUGACCUUCCUUUUGUCGGACACAAAGGAGAUGUUGAUAAAAGUGUCCAAACUGCUUUUCUUUUCUCAUCCAAUGCAAAUGAAUGGGGACCAGUAAUUUUAAAAUUAAAAAGUCACACAGGUUUGUCUAAAUGUUUGGGUAAAUUAUUCUGUAUAUAUAUUUUUUUGGGUGAACUAUCACUAAAGUGCACUUUUUUAAUAUUAAGUGUGUUUGACAUUUUUAGAGUACAUAAUGUGAAUAAAAGCUUUAAACAGUGCUAAAGUAAGAUUUGUAAGGAACUUUUGAGUUGCUGAUUCAUUUAGCCAAUCGAUAAAACUAGAAGGGUUGCGGGUCAGGGUGAAAAUGUAUUUUGGUAAAAGCUCUGAUCAAAGUGUUUUUUUUUUUGUUUUUUUUUCCCUUUCACAUUUUGGUAAAAAUGUCUGUGAGCAUAUCUGAACUUUUAUUGUGAGGUGAUUGAUGGAAACAAGCCUGGCUCAAAUACUGAGAAACUUACAUAGCUCUUACACAUUUUCCUUUGGGACAAUCAUGUCACUAUUAAAUUACACUUCGUUAUGGAAAUUUAAUUCAUGUCUUCACAUCAAAUUAUAGAUAAAUGAAAGAUGAUUUUGAAACUUGGCUCCUUGAUUAGUUGAAUUAACACCAGUCCUGAAUCUGUUGUUCUGUCUAGUGAGAUGGUGAAGGUAAAACAUCCUUGUGUGUAAUGUCCAUCAACUCUAGCACCCUGAUGUCACUGAUGAUGCAAAAUGAUGACUGACAGAUAUGUUUAAUUCUUACCUUCCCAAAAUCCAGUUCUUGGAAUGUGUUUGAAUUGUUGGAAUUCAUUUUAACCGGUUUAUGGAAUUUCUGUAUUUAAAAUUUUAACCAGAUAAGGUUUUAUUUUUUCAUCUUUUAAUCUCCUCUUCUUUUUCAGGUUUUGUUUUGUUUUGCUUUUUACUUGUAUUUCAUGGUAUGACUGCCAUUCUCUUGCUCUGUUCGCAUUAAUGCCUGAAGGGAAAGAGAAAGCACAUUUGUCCUUCACCUUUCCUCAGGUCCCUUGUAGUCUCUUGUUGGAUUCUCUGCCCCCUUUGGACAUUUGUUUUCAUUGAAAGGAUAAUUUGGUUUUGCACUUUAAUCAGUGUAUUUGUUUAUGAAUUGUCCCGGUUUAUUCCCAUCAGAUUAUACCUUUUUUUUCUGCUCGCUGUGAGGAAUUGGGGAUGUACUCUGGCUUCAUCAAACUGGAAAUAACUGCUCUACUAAUCCUGCUUUGGGUUUUAAAAUGUUAAAGUAAAAGAAUUUAAAUGAAUUGAAACAAUCAGGGGUUUUCCAUGGCUGUAGACUGCUUUUUCACCAUGGUUUAAAAGACAAGAAGAAAUCAUUCAAAUAAACCAGUUACAUAAAUGUACA